AGCUGCUUUCCUCGUUCCUGUCACUCCAUUCAGUCACUUGCACAUAUAUUUUUUUGUUUGUGUGUUGUAUAAAUAAAUUGAUGUUUCGUUAACGUCCUUAAACAAUUCAAUGUAUUUUUAAAUGCCUUUGGUAUCCUUUAUGGGUCCAUCGUUUCCUUCGUCUUUGAGCAUAUAAAAAUGAUUACCUUAACAUCUCAGAGUUCAUCGUAUUUUAUAUUCACGUUGGAGUCGAUGUAAUUUCUUCCACGGUUCGGCUCGGAGGUUGUUCCGGCGCAUUUGGUCCGUGUGACAUAGCGAUGUCAAUAGCUUGCUCAUGCCUGUGGAGAGUAAAGAAGUGGAAAUUUUCUGGAAGACAUGCAGAGAUAUUUCGUGGGUGUUUAAUCCCUACACGUGAUUAUCUGUGCCCCGUUAAAUUGCCAAGGCCACGAUUAAACAGUUUUGGGCCGACGAGUCAAGUGCAUCAGAGAAUUAUGUCACCAGUUGAAUAUGCAAAAAAAGUUGCUGCCGUUAAAGCAGUUGAUGAGCAUGUAAAGAAUAACUACGUAAUUGGUGUUGGAAGUGGAUCUACAAUUGUGUAUGCUGUUGAGAGGUUAGCACAGAGAGUGAAAGAUGAAAACCUUUGUAUUGUUUGUGUUCCAACAUCAUACCAAGCAAGACAGCUCAUUGUGGACCACAAGCUUCAGCUGGGAGAUCUGAAUAUAUAUCCCAAGCUUGAUUGUGCCAUUGACGGUGCAGAUGAAGUGGAUGACAAUAUGACACUCAUCAAGGGAGGAGGAGGAUGCCUCACGCAAGAAAAGAUUGUAGCAUCUUGUGCAAAGCAGCUUAUUAUUAUUGGAGAUGAAUCAAAAGAAUCUCAUAAACUUGGUGAAAAAUACAAGAAGGGGAUUCCAGUAGAGGUCAUUCCCAUGGCUUACUGCCCUGUGCAGCUGAAAAUUGAAGCAAUGUAUGGAGGCACGGCAGACCUCCGAAUGGGAAAGAUGAAAGCAGGACCUCUAGUCACUGAUAAUGGUAACUUCAUUCUGGACUGGAAAUUUCCAGCAUCAGAUUUUGACUGGGCUUCUGUCAACACUGCCAUUAAAAUGAUUCCUGGUGUGGUGGAGACAGGCUUGUUUGUCAACAUGGUCACUAAAGUAUUUUAUGGCACUGCAGAUGGAAAAGUGAAGGAACACAAGAUAUGAUUCCUUACCAGGCUUGUUUGUCAACAUGGUCACUAAAGUAUUUUGUGGCACUGCGGAUGGAAAAGUGAAGGAACACAAGAUAUGAUUCCUUAUUAGAGACUAGGAUUUGUUGGUUGGUGGUACACUGAAAUGUGAAGUUAUUCUCAAUAGUAUACCUGUUGUAUCUGGUUAAUGCUCAUAUUUUAUUUUCCAUUGUGACACCUUUCUCAUGCACCUCAGUUUCAAGCCACUGGUGCUGUAAAUAUACUUGUCAUUGUUUUUGUGCCAUAUGUUAAUAUCCAGCUGCACUGAUUUAUGCAAUUAUAUGUGUAACAAUCCCUUGCCAGCUGCAGGGGUUUCAUUCCCGAGGAACGCUGUGGUUAGCAGAAUCAGGACCCUAUGAGAAAUUAAGGUUUAAAGGAACUGUGGUUUUUCUUAACAUCCAUGAAAGCCUAAGUUUCCUGUUUCUUCAGUACACACAGAAAACGUGCACCACAGUGGUAAUCUUGAAGCCAUAAAACUGCUUUCAGAUGCCAUUACAGUCUUGCCUCCAGGAAGUGUGAAUGUCCUUGUGCAUAUGCUGCACACUUUUUUAUGCUUAUAUAUCAUACAAAUUAAAAUCUUUAUAUAUUUAAUGCCAGAUAAUGUUAGAAAAACUGAGUACAAGUAGAAAACUGCAGAUAAUUGAAGUUACAAUUGGUAAUAGGUUGAUGUAUUUGAAAAGCUCAUGACAAAACUUCAGAAACAGUUUUUCUCAACAAGGUGGAACACAGUAUAGACUUAUAGAUAUCUCAUAAGAUUUGAGGGUUUCUUUAUAGAUUUCUUAUUACAGUUUUUGUACACUUAUAUGAAAUAACUGUGAAUUUAUUGACACCUGUUGAAAAGUUACUUGGAAAUGUAGAAAACAGAAAUAUAGGUUUAGUCUUUAAAGUUUGGUAGAUAAUAGGCAUGUGUGAGACUCCCUCUUUCUUUUCAAGGUAUCAGGGUCAGAAUUAUAAAAAUCAGCAAAUAUCAUCUGAAAGCAUCUUACAAAAUCACUUUCAUGUCUACUUUGUAAGAGGACACUACAUAAUGAUUAAGUAAAAUUGUCAUUGUCUUUCAGAAAGUCUAAAGAUGGUGCAUCAUACUUCUUGCAGACACCAUUAUGAAAGAAAAGUCCUGAGUAUUAACAAAGUCUCCAGUGUGGUGCUCCUAA